GCCUGCAGAGUCGAGCACGACGUCGAUGGCGCUGGAGGACCAGGACGAGUCGGUUAGGAUCGCGGUACGUGCUCUGGACGACAUGCGAAAUAGGACAGUGCGCUCCCAGUCACCGCCUUCCUAUGCGUCCACCUCCUUUCAACCUACGCCCGCACUCAGUGUUGCGUCUUCUUCAAGUAGUCCCUCGACGGAGCCGUCGUCCUUACCUCCGGAAGAUGUCAAUUCACCCGACUUUGUCUCUCGCGUCUCACGACUUCCCAUCGUAAAUACCGCGCUGAGUGCAUAUGAGCAGAGUAAAGCUAGCUCAAGGGUUGUCAAGUUCGGCGCGGAAAUGAUGGAGUCAUCCAUGAAAUCACUAUCACGUCCAGUCAUGGAUCGCCUGCCGGUGAAUCAACUAGACGAGUUUGCCUGCAGACAACUGGACCGACUGGGCCGGUACCAACGCCGCCUGUCCUCGCCCCACCCCGAACGCAUGCAAACGGACUCACCUCGCAACACACGGGCUGUAUCCCCCUCCCGGUCGCCGACUCGAGGUAGGCGGAUGGAUUCGUGGUCUGCGCGUAUGGACGAGGAGCAGCGAGAGCGAGACGUAUCUAUGACGCCCAGUGACCGAUAUUCGGACACGCGUAGUCGGCCAGGGACACCGACUCAGUCUCCGCGACGAGAGGAGGGUGAGAGCCAACAACAAGUCGCACAGAGGAGCCGAUGGCAGGCCGUGCUACUGGAAGCGGGUGGGCUUGGCGCAGCUGUAAGCGAGGAAAGUAUGCGAAGGCUGAAGUAUGUGCUCCAGUGGUUGAUGUACGCCACUGCACACAUCGACGCGCAGAUUUUGGUAUUGCGGGAUUUCAUAGCUUCAUUACAACCUCGGGGCUCAGUACCGUCCGCCCAUGCCCCAAUAAGCCCAGAGCAUAUGAAAAAACUGAACGAUGUCAAGCAAGACGUCGUGCAUACUGUGCGGCAGGUCGUGGACGUAGUUAGCAAGUACGCAGGCGGUGCGCUUCCCGAGCCUGCACGCGCCCGCGUCCGCGGGUUCAUCCUCACCCUUCCCCAACGCUGGGCAACAGCAGCCAAUCGUCAACGUCACGAAACCGUAUCCGCCGACACCUCCCCCGUCGCAUCCACCUCUGCCUUGCCGCCCAUCCACCCGGUUCGCGGUCGCGGCGCCAAGCCGUACUCGCGCGAGCCCUCCCGCCCAAGCUCUCCCAGCGGCUCCGCGCCGUCGAGCCCACGGCUGUCGAGAGCGGCUGUUCAUUCGAGACAGGGUAGCGGGCACGCACACGCACACGCGCAUCCCGCCCCGACGGCGGGAUCAGCCACCGUUGCAGCGCAGAGGAUAUUGACGCUCGCGACGGAGAGCUUGGAUAUGAUGCGUGGUGUGACCGCGGUGGUUAAGGAUAGUUUGGACCGAGCCGAUGCAUGGGUCGAUCGUCUGAGAGUGGUAGGGAUCCAGCGACAGGGACAAUCAGACGCAGGAUCUCCAACACGGCCAUUGGAAUCACCGUCGUCGAGCACGCUUUGGUCUCCCUCGGGCAACGGACACGCGCCACCGCCUUUGCCCUCUCCCCUCAACUUGUCGGACACGUAUCCUUCUUUCCCUGUGCCUGUCGAUGCACCUUCUCCCAUGGGACCGGCCACGUCUUCAAUGGGUAGCUUGUCGUUGCACUCGGCAUCGUCGACACCGCGGGUCAGUGCGAGAGAACUCGAUGCAGACCCUAUGGACAGAACGCGAUACAGGGACAACAGAAGUGCGGAAGUGGAGCGAGCGCUAUCUGAAUCGAGAAAGAUGGACGUUGAUUCAUAACAAACGGCCAACAGGCUUUGACCGUCGCCGUAGCACCUUCAUUUCCGUCUUGGUUUUCUGUGGACUCGCAAGAUGUAUCGAUAUUUAUUCGCUUUGUUGGAUGUCAUUAUACUAGGUGCUCAGACAGACACUGGAGCUCUAUAUAUAUGCAUAGUGUAACAGUAGUCAAGAACUGCAUGUACAAACCAAACACGGGCCCGAACAAUAUAUGAACAAUCCUAUAGCUAGAAAUCUCGGCCGCGGUUCUCGUCGAAACCGCCCAUUGCUCUAACACCCUCUACCAGUCGUCUAUACUCUCUCAGCAACUCGCCGACUUCCGAAAUCUUUAGAUCAU